GAAGAAAAGAGAGAGAGAGAGAGAUGGGUGGUGGUGCGAAGGAGGAGUUGGGUGUAGUGGAGAGCAGGGAGUGGUACUUAUCUGCCUACGCACCGGACGGAGUUCCCACGUCCGAUCACCUCCAGCUCCGCACAUUGAGCUUGUCACUGGGGCCUGACUCGAUCCCCGAUCACCACGUGGCGGUACAGCUGCUGUGGAUCUCCGUUGAUCCGUAUAUACGGUCCAGAAUGACCGGCCACGAGGACGGGCUGUACUUUUCCCAGUUUGACCUCAAUCAGGUGCUGACUGAAUUUGGGAUAGGAAGGGUAAUUCGGUCGAAGAGCAGUAAAUUCACCGAGGGUGAUAUUGUAAUUAACCCAUUUUCGCCGGUUGCCGAGUAUUGUGUGGUGCCAACUGCUUUUCUCAGAAAGGUUGAUUCAACUUCUGGGAUCUCAUUGCCGGAUUAUCUUAGUUCCCUUGGGGUGCCUGGGUUUACUGCUUGGGUGGGGAUAGAGGUUCUUGGGAACCCUAAGCCUGGAUCAAAUGUGUUCAUAUCAGCCGCUGCCGGAGGCGUUGGAAUGUUCGCCGGACAAUUGGCAAAGCUGAAAGGGUGUCGAGUCAUCGGAAGCACCGGAUCUGACGAAAAGGUGAAGUUAUUGAAGGAGGAAUUCGGAUACGAUGACGCGUUCAAUUAUAACAAAGAGACAGAUUUUGAUGCUGCUUUAAGCAAGUACUUCCCUAAUGGAAUUGAUAUAUACUUCGAGAAUGUGGGAGGAAAGAUGCUAGAGGCAGUGCUUAACCAUGUCAACCAAGGUGCCCGUAUUCCACUCUGUGGCAUGAUUUCUCAAUACAACAAGGCAUGGACGGAGAGAGAAGGGGUGAGUAACCUGCUGAACAUGGUGGGCAAAGAAGUGAAGAUGCAAGGGUUUUUGGUGGGUUCAUACUUGGACAGAUUUGGGGAUUUCAUGAAGGAAAUGGAGGCCUACUUGAAAGAAGGAAAGGUUCGUUCCAAACACAAGGUUUACAGUGGGAUUGAGAGCUUCUUGGAGAGUUUUUCUUCCCUCUUCUCUAGCUCCAACAGUGGGAAAGUUGUCAUUCAAGUUAUUUAGUAGUUGUAUGCCAUUUGCUGAAAUUCAUCCACUCUUAUAUUAGUGGAUAUUGAGAUGAUUAUGAGAUAAUUCUGUCUUCGGGUGUGUUUUGAUCUUGGUUGUUCUGUACGUUGACAAAGAUUUAUAUUAAAUGAUCUACUGAUUAAUUAGUUAUUGGAUUAA